AGGAAGCGGCGGUGCACUCUCUGCUGCGCGCUCCCGGCAGCACUUCGGUCCUGCACUUCACCGUCCCGUCGACUGAUCCCGAGCAUCCUGCAAGAUGACCAUCAACACGCUGGCCAAGGGAGGCUGGCACCGGGAUCAGAUGGCAUGCUUUCGAAAGAUGGAGAAAGUGAUUGUGGCCAUGCAGGACCCUGACAUGGGCAUGAAGAUGAGAAACCAGAGGCUCCUGAUCACUGUCAUUCCACAUGCCAUGACAGGCCGUGAUGUAAUUGAUUGGUUGAUCCACAAAUACAACAUCUCUGAGGAGGAGUCUUAUCACCUUGGAGGUAUGCUGGUGAGAUACGGGUACAUUUACCCCCUCAAGGAGCCAAGAUCUCUCGUGUUGCGUGCCGAUGAGACGCCGUACCGUUUCCAGACUCCUUACUUCUGGACCAGCACCCGAUGGCCUGCCACAGAACUCGACUACGCAAUCUAUUUGGCUAAAAAGAACAUAAGGAAACAAGGGGAGCUGAUGGAAUAUGAGAAGGAGCGGUACAGUGUGCUGCACAAGAGGAUCAACCACACCUGGGACUUUGUGGUGAUGCAAGCAAGAGAACAGCUCAGAGCAUCCAAGCAGAGGCGGAAGGCUGACCGCAUUGUUCUAGAAUGUCAGGAGCAGUCUUACUGGCUCAUCAACAGACCCCCGCCAGGGACACAUAAUAUAUUGGACAUUGGUCUCGAGAGACCAAAUGACUACAGCACACGAGUUACCUUGAACAGUGACUACUACAAAAGAGAGAUCGAAUUCUGUAGAAGGGCCCUCGGAAGAAACCGUAUAAAGUCUUCCAUCUGCCUAGAGGGUUUUGUAAAAUACAGCGAGCAGUACCAGACCCACGAUCCCAUUAUGCAAGGAUGCCUUCCCAGUAACCCCUGGAUUUCCGAUGACCCUGCACACUGGUCGAUGAACGCAGGAAUGGUGCAGACCCCGACACGUCUUCGAGUGGAGCGCUGGAGCUUCAGCUUCAUGGAGCUUCUGAACGAUGCCAUGGGGAGACGGGAGUUUAUGACCUAUCUGGAGAAAGAGUUCAGCGCGGAGAACCUGUGUUUCUGGCAGGCCUGCGAGGACAUCAGACACGGAGAGAGCUCCAGGAUCAUAGAGAAAGUGGAGGAGGUGUACAAAAACUUUCUGGCUCCCGGAGCUGCCCGCUGGGUCAACAUCGACAGUAAGACCAUGGAUAAAACUAUGCACGGGAUCAGACACCCACAUCGUUUUGUUAUGGAUGACGCACAGAUGCACAUCUACUUCCUCAUGAAAAAGGACUCCUUCCCGAGAUAUCUCAAGUCUGACCUAUACAAGAACAUGCUGGCCAAAGCUAUUGUCCCCCAGGAGACCAAGAAGAGCGUGUUCCCCUUCAUGAGACGCCAGCGCCACUCUAGCCCGUCCCCUGCUCAGGCUGUCACCCAGACGUCAGAGAAAGGCGGGGCCAAGGAGGCUGGGCGAGCAGGUACCGACUCCUAAGCCGGCUCCAAUGUCUGAUACCAGGUCCAAAAAAAAGGGGUCAGACUCAAUCACCUUCCGUCUCCAUUGUCUCUAUUGAUCACCAUAAUAACCAUUAAAGAAGUCCUCUUAGCUUAAUGUUUCAUCUCAAACUGAGAUAAAGCGUAAUCAUUUUUUCUUUCAGCCCUGCAACAUUGUCAGGGUUAGGAUCAGAGAAUACAACAGAGCACAGAUGUAUCAUACCGUAGCAGCUUCACAUUUUAUUCACGAGCAGUGGACAGCAGGGAAAAGAGCUUUUAGUGGCCACUGUUAAACUCUGUGCUGCCGCAUAUUCACCCUGCAUCUCCAUCGCACCUCUAAAGAGGAGGAAUCAGGUCGGACAGAAGAGAUGACAUGAGAAGAGCAGGAUUUUCUUUCCUUUUGCAUUUUGAAAAUUAAAGUCAAACUCAAUCUGAGGAAGAUUCUCUUGUAUUUCUUAGGUAAAGUCGGAAUGUCAAGAAUAAAAUCGAAAUGUCAAGACUAAAAUUAAAUGUUUAAGAUUAAGUUGAACUAAAUUAGAGGAAGAUAUUUUUUUGCUUUUGAGGAUAAAGUCGAAAUGUGGCAAAUAAAGUUGAAAUCUGAAAUUAGACGGCAAUUUUUUUUGGAGAGUAAAGUUUAAACACUGCCAAAGUCAAACGAUAUCAGGGGAUUGUGUUUGUUAAAAGAGUUAAAAUGCUAAACAAUAAAGCAGAAAUGAGAAUAAAAAUGAACUUGAACUAAAUCAGUUGAAGAUGUUUUGUUCCUUUUGAGAAUAAGGUCAAAAUGUUGCGAAAAUAAAGCUGAAUUUAGAGGACGUUUUUUCUUUGGCGGUGUUUCAAGACUAAAAUUGAAACACUGCCAAAGACGAACUAAAUACGAGAUAGAUAGUAUUAUGUUUUUUUUGGUUCAUUGUGAAAAAAGUCAGAAUGCUAAGACUAAAGAUGAACUCCUAAUACAAAGCCUUCCUCUCUGCCUCAGGAGCUUUUCUAAACUAUAUAAUCUUCUGUCUCUCACAAGCAGUUCCAGGUUGGGUUGUGGUUUUAUAGAAUAGGGACUUAUUAUAUGUAUUUAGUCAGAUACUGGCCUCAGCAUGUCUGUGAUUAUCGUACUUUCAACUUGUUUUCUUCAUUUCAUGCCGGAGCUUCACCUUGUGAUUGUUGUUGCUGUUCAUUUUGCUCGAGCAUGUUUUCAUCCCAAUAAAAUGUCAAGACAG